AUGCGUUGCUUCAGUCGCCAAAUUCCCGAACUUAGCAUCCCUUAUUUCGAGGGCUCGCGAAGGAUCAAGGGCCUUCCGCUAUAUCCUUUCGAAAUAUACGGCAACGAAGAGGCUCGAGAACUAGUUAGAAAUGAACUAAUAGCAAGAGGACAGCGGUGGUGUCAACUUCUGUCAGACAAAUCGAGUUAUUGGAUGCACGAAGGGCUCUAUAUCCAGUACGUGCAAGUCGACGGUUACUUCGCUGGUCGUUAUGAGUCUUCCCGUAUAGGACAUCGUUCCGGACGUUUAAUUAUCGAUUCAGGAAAAGAACUACCAGUAUGGUUAACGUUCUCUACAGAAACGGUAGAGUCGAAGAACCAAGUCUCCGACCAACAAGCUUUGUUUUGUCCUAAUGAGGUCAUAUGCUUCGAUCCUCAAAAUCUUAAGUAUGAAGUGGUGGCACUGUCUGAUCUAUAUCCGAUCCAAUGGAACAAAUUGGCAUUCGGACAACUAGUUCUUGAUGACAAGAAGAAAACCAUCAUUCGAAGUCUGCUUCAAAAGCAUUCUGAGGAGUUUCCAGCGGGUCUUGUGAUCGUUCUUCAUGGGCCCCCAGGAGUUGGCAAGACGCUGACAGCAGAGAGCGUGGCUGAAUUUACGGAGAAGCCGUUGAUUGUACUCCGGGUCAGCAGUCUCCUGACAGACGGGGGCGACUUUUCGGGUUCUAUUUCGGAAUUCCUAGGCUAUGCGGAUAGGCUAGGAGCUAUUAUUCUGCUAGAUGAGGCAGAUGCGAUCUUGGAAUCAAGAUCUUACGAGGACAUCAAGAGAAAUGGCAUGGUUUCUGGCACGUUCUACUCUGAAGUCUUCCUCAACAGACGGCAAAUCCGUAAUGCUAUGAAAUUGGCACAAUCCCUGGCAAUACAAGAAAGUAGAGAAAUGAAUGGCGAGAGGCCCCGAGAUCCCAUCAUGAUGGCUCCUCUGAACGCAGCUCAUGUUCGACAAGCCGUGCAAGUGACGCAGGGUCUUCCGCAUUACUUUAGCAGGCCAAAGAAGGACGAAGAGAAACUACUGGGGAGGUGA